AUUACCGUAAUUUUUCAGCAAAAGUUGGGUAGAUCAUGGAGACUCUACUAUAACUGCUCAAUUGGCUUCUCUGCAACUUCAAGCUUCGCUUCUUCGGCAGGUCCUUUCUGCUCUCAGCUCCUUAUAUUGUUUUCGCUCCAGAGAUUAAGAUCAGAGCGAGGCCCAAUUUUGUGAUACGUUCCCAGUUUGAGAUCAUAAGUUGUUCACAGAAGGAAUUUUGAGUUUGGAGUUCGCGUUCUUACCUCACUCGGAAAUUUGAAAGAUUAGGGCUUGAAAUGAUGGUUGGAUCAUCACUCAACAACAUUAUUUCAGCGGUUCAAAUGGAUAGAUUUUUCGAUGUUGAACUAAACGAUAACAUUCAAAAGCCAGGAAAGCCUGAAAGAUGUGUGGAUUAUGCUUAUGUGGGCUUCUUGAUUUUCCGUGUCCGGUGGCCAACGCCAAACAGGUCUUUCUUCAACCAAAUUGUAACUGAUCUAUACCUCGCCCUGGCGUGGUCCAUAUUGUUCCACGUGUCAUUUUUACUUGGGCCCCACUUUGGCGUUUUUUAUAGUUGGAACAGAGCUCCGAUUAAUGCCACGUUUGGGGUGUAUAUGAGCAUUGGGCGUCAUCGUGAUAACCACACGUGUUAAGUAGACUGGCAGACGGCGUUGAGCAAAGUAUUCGUUAAGUGCCGUCAAUUCUAACGUUCCACCGUUUAGCUUUGGAGAGACAAAUGCGAGAAUUUAUCGUUCUCCGGAAUCUGGAGACAGCUUCUCUUGUUUGGUUUCACUCCAUCGAACGGCUGUGAUUGCUUCUCUGAUUUCUCUUCGUUAUUUAGUUCGAACGAGGGGCACAUGGCACGGCUAUCAGAAGUCACUAGAGAGAGAGAGAGAGAGAGCUGAGUUUUCUGUAGAGAAAGGGUUUUGGCGUUUUUGCUGUUAACCUUUUCAGGCAUUUCUGAAGGAUUGUUAGGGUUUCGAUCGAAGUUUGGUUAGGGAGAGAAGAGAAUAAUGGUUGAGCACGCCGAGGAUUCGGGUUCUGCUGCUGAGUCUCUGAUGGAUAAGAUCACGGAGAAGCUUCAUGGUCACGAUUCAUCUUCGUCCGAUUCGGACAACGAAAAGGAGAAGGAGAAGGAGAAGUCGUCACCUUCCGCCAUUAAAUCGGUGGCUAAUCGAGUUAAUCGGCUCUUCGGAAGGGAGAAGCCGGUGCACCAGGUCUUUGGCGGUGGAAAACCCGCUGAUAUGUUCUUAUGGAGGAACAAGAAGAAUACUGGCACAGCGCUUGGUGGAGCCACCUUGAUCUGGAUUCUCUUCGAAUUGCUUGAUUACCAUCUGCUCACUUUAAUCUGCCAUGGCUUGAUCUUAUCUUUGGCCAUUUUGUUCGUCUGGUCUAAUGCUACUACCUUCAUCCAUAAGUCUCCCCCGCGUAUCCCAGAAGUGUCUAUUCCCGAGGAACCGGUUAUUGAGUUUGCUGCUGCUGUGAGGUUUGAGAUCAACCGAGCAUUUGCUGUGCUGAGGGAUGCCGCAACAGGAAGAGAUCUGAAGAAAUUCCUUGCAGUGAUUGCUGGCUUGUGGGUUCUUUCAGUCGUGGGGGCCUGGUGCAACUUCUUGACUUUGUUCUACAUAGCGUUUGUGUUGUUGCACACGGUGCCUGCGGUGUAUGAGAAGUACGAGGACCAGGUCGAUGCCUUUGCAGAGAAGGCGAUGAUUGAGAUCAAGAAACAAUAUGCAGUAUUUGAUGCCAAGGUUCUAAGUAAGAUACCAAGGGGGCCACUCAAAGACAAGAAGAGGGUUUAGUGAAGUUGAACUCAGAAGACAUGAAGAGGGCUUAGUGAAGUUGAACUCAAAAGACAUUUAGAGGGCUUAGUGAAAGAUGAGGUAUCCCCCUUUGUCCGAUCUAACAGCAUAUGGGUAGCUAUGUUUUUUUCUUUCUUUUUUUCCCUUGUUGGCCUUGUCCCAUAAUUGGCUAGAACCUAAUGUUUUAUAUCCAGUGUUUUGUUGGUAAAUAUUGGGUUCUCCAUUUGGAUGAAAAUGCUAAUUUGUAGUAAAUGGUUCCCAAUUUCAGAUCUUAUUAUUACUGCUUUCACAAAUUUGCA